CCUGCGGACGGUGUGUGACGACAAAAUGACGCGCCUCGCUCCUCCGCUGCAGUGCAUUGGUUUUCCAAGUAAGUUAGCUAGCGGUGUGAACUGUGUGUUCGCGUCGUACAGUAACUUUUAUCCAACUGUAGCCUCUGGUAGGUGACUGUGGUUUUCACUGCUUUAGCUUGCUAACGUGAGGCGUUGAGACGACUAAAGGACACAUUAGCUCCGCUUGCUAGCUGGCUGUGCAGUUAAGCUAACUCACAGAGGACAUCAUGGCUUAUAUGCAAAUACUGAAAGCUCUGCAUCGGACUCUACAACAAACAACUCCACAGCACUCCGUCCAGAAAUGCGUGUUCACACACACUCACAGGACGGUGUCAGCGGUAUCAAAACUGACCUUCCGCAGAAAAGUCGAGCCUGCUUCGUCUGUUAUCGCAGUGCUGAGUUGCCUCCGUCAAACGCACAGACUGCGGGGGUUUUCAACCGACUCCACGGCCAGAAGCAAAAGCAGCCCCGAAGAGAGAGACAAGUCAGUGUCCAGGUAUCAGGGCGGGAGCCCAAAGGCUUCCGCUACACAAAAAGUGAAAGAAGCUGGCAGAGACUUCACCUAUUUUAUAGUUGUUCUCAUCGGGCUUGGAGUGACAGGUGGGCUGCUGUACGUGGUGUUCCAGGAGUUGUUUUCUUCCUCAAGUCCAAAUAAAAUCUAUGGGAAAGCCUUCAACAAAGUCAGGUUAGACCCAGAGGUGAUCGGUGCGUUUGGGGAGCCGAUCAGGUGUUAUGGGGAGACUACGCGUCGAGGAAGGAGGCAGCAGGUCAGUCAUCUGGAGUACAUGAAGGAUGGACUGAAGCACAUGCAGUUAAAGUUUUACAUCGAAGGCUCGGAGCCAGGCCUCAAAGGAACUGUACAUUCAGAGUCAAAAGAGAAUCCUGAAACUGGGAAAUAUGAGUUUCGUUACAUAUUUGUGGAUGUAGACACCUACCCAAGAAGGACCAUCAUUGUGGAAGACAACCGAUGAGAAAGAUAAUGGACUUCACUGAAAAAGCAUUGUGUUUGUGUAACAGGACAAGUAGCUGACGAUGCACUGUUAAUUUAAAUUAAAUUGACUGUUAAAAGCUG